GCAGUCAUGUAGACGCUGCGGUGAGCAUGCGCGCUGUAUACCUAUAGUUGGGGUCUGAUGUGAUCUCUCCACGCGUGUCACAUAUCCACACAUACAGUGGGAACAUAGUCUGGCUUAAAGGCAGUGAUUUUAGCAACAUAACAGAAGUAUUUUUUUCAUCACCAUGGGAGGACAGGCUAAGAGCAAAAAGAAAAACAAAACGAAGAGGAAAGACAACUGCUCAAACGGGGGACUUGCUGGUUUGGCACCACAGGAGAGGAUGAAGCUAAGGAUGCAUGAAAAAGCCAAGAAGAAGACAGCUGACAAAUACUCUGUACCGCAGCUGCUAGAGAAGACAGAGGAGUGCAUGGACAGUUUUGACUUUGAGAUGGCCAGCCGUUUCUGUCAGCGAGCCCUGGACUUGGAGUCCACCAACCUACAGGCGCUGGACAUGCUGGGACACAUUUACUCCGAAUUAGGAGACACACCGAAAGCCAAAGAAAUUUUUCUGCGAGCUGUGGCGCUCAGUCCAGAUGAAGGCCACAGUAAGUUCAUGUACCUGGGACAGAUCCACACAGGCCAGGAGGCUGUGGACCACUACCUGAGAGGAAUACAGGUCCUGCUUUCUGCUCUGGAGAAACAAGCACAGUCCACUCAGGCCGGAGCUGCUGCCCCGCUGGCUGACGAUGCUGAGCUCCCCACAGCCAAGGAUGUUUGUGUGGCUUACUGCUCUGUGGCAGAGAUUUACCUGACAGACCUCUGUAUGGAAGAGGGAGCUGCGGACAAGUGCAGAGAGUUCAUUGAGAGAGCAUUGCACUAUCACCAUGACAACCCUGAGGCUCUACAGCUCAUGGCCAGUUACCUGUUCAGUACUGAGAGAAACCAGGAAGGCAGAGAGUAUCUGAUUAAGAGUGUCAGGGUGUGGCUUCCCACCGUAGAGCAGAGUGCGGCCUCUUCCAGCGUGGAGGACGAACACCUGCAGAAUCUGAUCCCUCCCUACGAGUCUCGCAUCACCACGGCCAAACUGCUCAUCGAGACUGAGGAGUAUGAGAUGGCAAUAGAUGUGUUGGAGGGCCUUCUGGAGGAGGACGACGAGGUUGUCCAGGUGUGGUAUCUCUCCGGCUGGGUGUGCUACCUCCAGAUGGAAAGAGCAAGCGAGCAGCAGACGAAAGAGGGGAGGGAAGCGACGGAUAAGGAGAGGGAAGAGCGGGACGCGCUGAGGGAGGCGGCCCGCUCAUACCUGACCAGGGCUAAGAAGCUCUACGGUAAGCUUCGCUGUGAUGACCUGCCGAUGUCGGAGCAUGUGGAGCAGCUGCUAGGGGAGCUGGGGGGAGAGAUGGAGGGAGAGGAAGAAGGAGACCUAGCCUUGGAUGAUGAUUAUGAACCCUGUAGUGAGGAGGAGGAGGAGGAUGAGGAGGCUCCCAUGGAACACUGACCACAUCUUACAGCCUCACACUCUGUUCUUUUUCUUUCUCAAUAAUCAUCCCCAUUGUAGUAUUCCGGUGUGGUCUUCUAAGUGCCUUUUUACUAGAUACCCUUUGAUAUCCAUGUAAUGUUGUAUAAUCAAAGAUUAGAGUUGUUUGCAAGUGAGAUGUGCAAAAAUAAUGCCAUUAAAAUUCUGCACCUCUUUCAGU